UUUGUAGGUCUGUUUCACAAGGGAGUGUCCAUGAGUGGUUCUGCCUUGUGCCCCUGGACACAAACCGAGGAGGCGGCCAACAAAGCUCGCACACUGGCCUCAGCCCUUGGUUGUCCUACGGCACCCAACUGGGAGAUGAUCAAGUGUCUGCGCAAACGUCCUGCAAGGCGAAUUGUCCGACUUGUCUCAACUCCACUCUUUAUGCCAUGGCAUUUCAAUCCCUAUACACCGUUUGGGCCCGUACAGGAACGAGCAGGACUGCAACCCUUCCUGACACAACAUCCCUUGGACAUCCUGCGCAUGGGUCACAUCCAGCCCCGCCCUUGGCUUGUCAGUGUUACCUCAGAGGAAGGCUUAUACCCUGUCUCAAAUUUUGUGGCCAAUGCCUCACUGCUGGCGGAGAUAGAACGAGACUGGCUGAAGAUCGCUCCUGCCCUACUUGACUACAACUACACAACUCCAGCUCAUCUUCGAGAUGAGAUCAGUCUCAAGAUCAAACAGUUCUACAUGAAGGGUCAGCCCAUUUCUAGGGCAACCACAGCGCCCUUUAUACAGAUGGUUGGUGACCGACUGUUUGUGGUCAAUGUAGAGCGAGCUGCAAGACUGCAGUCUGCCGCUAGACUCGCACCUGUCUACUUCUACAGGUUCAGUUAUCGUGGUAAACACAGUUACUCCGAACAGAUGUCCUGGGGAUCUACUGAGAAUUUUGGAGUGAGCCAUGGAGAUGACACAGGAUAUAUGUUGGGUGUAGAAUAUAUGAACCCUCUAGAGACAGACUCUGACCGCAAGAUGAGCAAACUUAUGGUGAACAUGUGGGUCAACUUUGCUAGGACAGGCAAGCCGGUGUUUGGAGGAGUGGACUGGGCCCCAGUGUCCCCCACAUCUGGGGUAUCUGGUGGUCUCUCCCACCUACACAUCGCGUCUCCAGAUGAGGCUCGAACCGUGACCUCACCGGACCUUGGACACAGAGACUUCUGGGACUCCCUCCCGAUCAAUGAACCUACCAAUCUCCUCGCUGGCACUGGCAGGCACACAGAGUUUUAACAAUUGACUGUAUUUCCAGAAAAGAAGAUGAAAGCUUCCAAACAUUAAUUCUGCUAACCUAUAUUUCCCUUGAUCAAACAAGCUAUGCAAAUAAUUUAUCAAAUAAUUAAAUGCAUUCUUGACAAUA